AUGGCAAAGCGAAAGAUUGACGCAGUAGACGACGCGACGACGAGAGAAACGCGCAGGACGCGCUCAGCAGGGCGGGCAGAGGCCACAGAGGCUCCAUCGAGACGGCAAGCGUCCCCUCGGAAGGCAGUGAACACGACGAAGACCACCGCAACGCGGAGCAGAGCCAAGGGAGAGGCAUCCCAAGCCCGAGAUAAAGGGAAGGGUAAAGCGGUAGACGAGGAGCCAGUCCCUGUAACACCAUCCAAGCCAGCCGUUAUACGAACCUACGGACGAACGCCACGGCGCAACCUAUUCUCUGUCGAGAACGAGUCCAGAGCGUCGUCAUCCAAGGAGAACCAGCAUGCCAAACCAGUGAUUACCGUUACAGUCCAAGAUACCGAUGAAGAAGGCGAGGAGACCAGCGACGAUGAACUUCGACUCCAGCCCCAGCCGUUGCAACCGACAUCUGCCGCACCACAGCGUUCUGCUGGCAAACCGAAACCUUCGGCUGCGAAACCUGAGAUCGUCAUCACAUCCCCAACGAAACCAAAGGGAAGAACUCGGGCCACGAAGAAGGCUGAACCGAAUGUAAACCCGCCUAGGACACGACGGUCGGCAAGGGCUACAGAAGAAGAGGUGGAAUCGGAGGAGGAGGAGAAUCAAUUGGAAGCUGCGCUGCUAGCUAUAUAUGAAACUCCAAAAUCCAAGCCUAAAGGUCGAGGAAAAGGUAAAGCUACGCCUGUAACACUCCGCCGGACAAGAUCGUCCAACAAAUUGGAAUCGGAUGACGAGGACGAUGAACUCCCUGCCACGCCCACUCGAAGCAGCGCCAGGAAAUCCACACGUUCGCCCACCAAGCCAGCUCGUAUUCCUUCCCCACUGAAACCUUCAACACGGAAACGCAAAGCGCAAGAAGAGCCUGAACAAGCCGAGCCCACGCCCGUUGCGUCAGAGAACGAUGAAGCAGCCAGCCAAGAAGACGAGGACGUCGUCAUGGCUAGCCCUUCCAAACGCCAACGCAAAACCACUGUGCCAGAACCACUACCGAAGACACCCAGCAGGCGCAAGCGCGGUGCUGCUCCUGUCGCCUCACAAUCCCAGGAUUCGGACGACGAGGCCCCAGCCCAAUCGUCUCUUCCAACAGAGGAAGACGAGGAAGCAGUUUUCUUCUCCCCCGUGAAGAAAGGUGCUCGCUCCGGACCGGCUUCCCCUACGAAGGCGAAGGGGAUCACUCUACCUCCCCAUCUUGUUCCUUGUCUGAAUGCUCAGAAACGCGCAGUGUUAAAAGCGUUGCAGAAGCCACCUGUUAUUCCUUGCGAUGACGAGCCCGAGUUGGACAAUGCCGUUGCAUAUAAACAGUUGACUGAUCUUUUGGAGGGUACGAUGAAGCGGAACGAAGGAAAUAGCUGUCUAUUACUCGGACCUCGAGGUAGUGGGAAGACUAGAUUGGUCGAGCGAUGUCUCUCAGAACUCGACGCCAAACCAAUCAUUAUCCGCCUCUCCGGCUGGGUCCAAGGCAGCGACCGCCUCGCCCUUCGUCAAAUCGCCGUCCAACUCAACCAGCAAACGGGUAGCAACCACUUCGUUGACAUUAACGGCGAAGACCAACCAGGGGAUGACGAGGACGUCAACCCCUUCCUCGACGACCAACCUACCACCACAGCAGCCACCGGUGGAUCCUCCCUCCCACCCUCCUCUCACCUCCCAGCUCUAAUCGCCAUGCUCCCAACCCUCUCCCGACCGACAAUCGUCCUCGUCGACGCAUUCGACCUCUUCGCCCUCCACCCCCGUCAAGCCCUCCUCUACUGCCUCCUCGACACCGUCCAAAGCUGCCAAAGUGCAAAAGGCAACAAAGGCCUUGCGGUCAUUGGUCUCACCACCCGCGUAGACACCCUUCAGCUUCUCGAGAAGCGCGUCAAGAGCCGGUUUUCGGGCAGGAUUUUGAGGGUUAGUGCGGCGAGGAAGGAAUAUCAGUGGAUGAAGAUUUUGAAGUCUGUUUAUAUGGCCGAGAUACAGUUGAGUGCAGGCACUGGAGAAGGGGGAAUCGACGAAGGAGACCUCGAGGAGUGGAAAGGGAUGUGGAAAGAGGCUGUGGAUAAGUUCAUGGGUGAUCCGGGUGUUAUACAGGUUGUCAAUGAGUCGACGGGGAUUACUCCUCCAAUAAUCCACCUCUCCGAGAACGCACCCUUCCCUUCCGUCAAGAACCUGACCAACGCUGCCAUAGGCCAGCGCUCCCGGCCUCCUUACCCUUUCCUCUCAGACCUCUCGUAUCCCUCGCUCUGUCUUUUGAUCGCCAGUCACCACUCGGAUGUCAGCGGACACCCCGUCUUUACUUUCGAGAUGCUCUACGAGUCGUUCAAACGUCAACUAAGGCUAUCAACUGCCGCACCCAUCCAACUCCACGGAACAAGCAUUGGCCUUUGA